CAGGACGCAAGACGCUUCCAUCAAGCAUUUGACAAACGCACUGCAUACAAUCUUACACGAAUCAGACGCACUUUAACUGCCUUACCCUCUUCACUUCCUCACAUGUCAGAUAGCUUAAAUGACGAGUUCGAGGACCUUUUGGACAACCCGAUGAACUUCAUUGACUCGCUACCAGAACAUAUGCGCCCUGCUGCACUCUUGUCACACGAGGAGGCCGAUAUCUCUAUAGAGAAUGCAGUGAACGAGGUACUUAGGCUCUAUGAUGAGCUGCACGGGAUAGUGAUCCGCAACGAGGCUAUCAUCAGGAGCCGAUGGGCUAACCGAAACAAGUCUAAGAAAGUCGCCAUCCUCAAAGAGGUCUAUCCCGAGAUCCCAGAAAUCCACGCACCCGACGUUGAACUAUGCCAAGAUGCGACCCACAAGUACAGGGACGAGGACUCUAUGGUCAAGGAGCUCAACGCAAAGCGCGAAAUUUUCCUGCUUGCCAUGUUGAACAUUGAAGACCUCACUGAAAUUAAAGGAGCGAAACUGCUAUCCUUGCUUCACUAUCGUGCUCAUCUCUUUCCGUCUGUUUUCAUGACCCACGACCAAGAAUUUCUGCGUUUUGGAAUCGUGGUUUAUGCGCUGAAACGGUUGUUUGGUCCUGACCGCACCGUUCUCUGCUACGGAGACCGAUCUACGUUUGGUAAGGUGAUUAGCUGGUAUGAUGACAAUGAGGAAGGGAUCGCCGGAGUCUCAUUGGAGUGGAGGGGCGACGCAAUUCCUGUGGGCGACGGCCUCUUGGUGUUCGAGAUGCAGACGAAGCUGUUGACGUUUCUCAUCAACGUCUGCAAGAAACUCCUGCACGAUUUCGACUACGUGUCAGUCAACCCCGCUCCUCCCCUUUCGCCUCCGCCUAUCCCUCUGUCCGAAACAACCGACUGCGGCUGGGAGUCUGUAGCACGCAAAAACACGCUCGAACCUUACGUACAUCCCGAGCGGUUCUCCGGCGAAGCUCUCGUGGCUCUAGUGCAAGCGGAGUACGACGAAGCGCGCGACCGUCUGAUCGAGCUCCGCACCAACCCGUCCUAUCUUGCCGAACAGCUACGCGACGCAUAUGGCCAUCGGAUGGAGUGGCUCGCGAAGAACAAGCAGCCGCCCAAGGCUCUGCUACAGGAGAGGGCGGCCGGCACCUUGAUGGCGGACGCAUUCACCUUCUAUGGAUUAUGGACCGCUAUCAAAGAGAAAGUAGAGGACUUCCAAGCCAAGCUGGGCAAAUACAGGAAGUCGAUAGCUCGGGCCAAAGACAUCCCGAAAGAGUACAACGAGGCUAUCCUGGACAUUAACGCUCUUCUUGACGGGUUUGAGAGGAUUAUGAGGGUAAGAUAUGCGCCAACUCUCAUGGCAUCAGAGCCGAUGCGACAAUGGUUUUCCACCACGUACCACGACAACCGUUGGGGUAAGAAUACCAUCACGGGUCAGCCACCCCACGGCGAUGUGCUGCUCGGUCUGCUCCUUUCGCUUCACAGGGAAGAAGACCAGAAAAUCGAGUACAUGAAGCGAUCCCAGAUCUACGACCAGAUCGACCGGUUUCUCAACAAACACCCCGACCAGCGGCAGCGCAUCACGCCGCACGUCUCGCGGCUCCUCGCCCUGCGCGGGAGCCUCGCAGAUGCUUCCGACAUCCUCGACCGCCACCGGCCCAGGUUCGACGUCGAGGGCUUUGACGCGAUACAUCAGCGCACGGCGAGGUUGGCGGGCGGGUACAUCGUUCGGGAUGAUUCCGGCGCUCACUUGGUGCAGGUCGGCCCGCUGGCGUUUCCUCUUGAGAAGUUUAGUUACCCAAAGGGACCAAAGACGCUGGAGUGGGCGCAUAAAUGCGAACAGGUCGAUAGAGCUGUAGACGCUUUCUGGACGGCUUCCUUCAAGCAGCUCAGGCCUGGAAUGGACAAGAAGUUGUAUAGCAUGGUCGAGGAUCUAUUGAGACCUUACGCAGAGAACAGGGCACCGUGGGUAGACCUCGUGAAAAGACCAGGUGGUCCCAAGCGAACUACUCCGAUCAACCCGGACGUUCUCGUCACAGAGAUAGGAGCUACGCCGGUGGACACGACAAAGCCCCAGAUCAAGAGCAAACUCAAGACCCGACGAGAGAAGGCUGUGGCCUCGGAGGAGAAACCUUUCGUAUCUACUGAGAUGAAUGAGGAAGAAGUUGAGAAGAUAGCCGUGUCAAGCAAGGCGCUUCACGUUCUGCGAAUGCUGUUCAGCGACGAGGAACCUAUUCACGCGAAAGGAAGCGUACCGUGGAAAGACAUUCUGAAGAUGUUUUCCGACAUGGAGUUCUCAGUGACCAAGCUGCGCGGAUCGGCCUGGGGAUUUUCGAAAGGUGUGAUGAGCUUCGUCUGCCAUGAGCCACACCCCGAACCAAACCUUGACUUUUGGAAAGCAAGGGCACUCGGUCGACGUCUGACUCGUCGAUUUGGAUGGACCGCGGACACAUUUGUGCAGACCCCGCGGUAGCUGUAACAUCGGCAUAGAGUGCGCCUUCGGGUGUACUUUCUCUGAGAUUCUGGGUGCAGUGGAUGUCGAUGAUAUCUAAUCUCUACGCAUC